AUGAGCAACCCUCUUCGACUUAGUUCGCCACAAGAAUACACAAAGCUACUGGAAAAGUUCGACACAUGGCUGUUUGACUGUGAUGGGGUUCUCUGGCGUGGCAACACUCUCAUAGAAGGCGCCCUUGAGUUUCUCCAGCUUUUACGUUCCAAAAAGAAAAGUGUCAUAUUUGUGACAAAUAACGCAACAAACUCGCGUGCCAGUUACAAGAAGAAAUUUGACAAGCUCGGUAUCGAAGCUCAUGUUGACGAGAUCUUUGGCUCAGCGUAUGCUGCAGCAGUCUAUUUAUCGACAGUGAUUAAAUUCCCGAGGGACAAGAAGGUCUUUGUCAUUGGAAUGAGUGGUCUUGAAGAAGAGCUGCGAGACGAAGGGGUCGCUUACGUCGGUGGAACAGAUGCUGAGAGUAACACCCUUGAACCAUUCGUUCCUACGUCCUACGUACCGGAUCCGUCCAUAGGUGCCGUACUCUGCGGCCUAGACAUGUCGAUUAAUUACACAAAGCUCAGCAAGGCAUUCAUUCAAUUGAACACCGAUCCGUCUUGCUUAUUCCUCGCUACGAACGAGGACUCGACGUACCCGGCACAAGGUGGCGUGCUACUUCCGGGUGCGGGCGCGAUUAACGCACCGUUACGUUUCGCUCUUGGAAGAGACCCUCUGAGCCUUGGAAAGCCGUCGCAGAUUAUGCUUGAUUGUAUCAAAGCGAAACACGACUUCGAUCCUGAACGAACAAUAAUGGUUGGCGAUCGUCUCAACACCGAUAUUCUCUUCGGGAAGCAGGGUGGCGUAUCUACUCUUCUUGUCCUCACAGGCAUAUCGAAAGAGACCGACCUAUUACCGGGGGCGUCACCUCCUGCAAUUCCCGAUUACGUAACGAAUUCUAUCAGCGACCUGAUGCAUGCUGAGAGUGUAUUGAGUGCAUGAGAAGAAUCCGUGGAUGCAUUGUAUAUCGGAGAAUGUGGCCAGUCAAUUCUGGACAUCUCCUUGACGAUCGACGCAGCCUAGAAGAAACACAGACGAGCUUGUAUUAUCAGAGUGUUAAAAUUUUUAGAUUAAUACAUUUUGUUUGUAGAAAUACGUAGACUUUGCUGUACUCGUAGACUCCGCAACAGUGCAUGGUCUCGCGCUAUAUCAUAUAUGGCAGUUUG